AGGAUCUCAUCACCAAGGCAGGAAGGAGCCUCCCGCCACCCGCUAUCGGAAUUCCUUAUCGUCUCACACCAGGCAGUAUUGAUAUGCCUGUCACUAUCACUCUUACACCUAGAUUCACUCUUCUUUCCUUUCUUUCCUUUAUACUGUGACAUUCACCUCAUCGUUCCUUGAGUCAAUCGUGACAUGGCUCAGGGAUCAUCAGCCUUCACUUCAAUCGGCAAAUCCACAUACUUCGUCGCGCUUGACCAGAAGGCAGGUACCUUGAAGGUUAACAGGCUCACUCGGUUCGAAGAAGAAGACUUCGUUCCUUGUACAGCUAUAGUAUGGAACGACGCGACUUUCGCACCGUCUGAUCUCGAAGCGGCGUGUGAGAGAUUUGCGGCCGAAGACGAUGUCUGGUCGAGCAGUUUCUUAUCGCUUGUACUUCUUCUCCAGCCAGCAGAAGUCAAGCAUAGUUCCAAAAGCAAGCGGAUUUUCUCUAUCGACAAGUCAAAAAACAGAUUGACAGACGGGCCAUAUGUGGUAUCGAAAUCUACCGGCCACAUUUUCCCGGUAUACAAGGUGCUUCCUGACACGCACCACGCGUUUGUGAGCGGCAUCGUUCAAAAGACAGCUUCCAGCUCCAUCCUGCUCGAACUACCAGCAUCAAAAGGUAUACCAGUACCAUCAAAAUUACACCACUCUUGUGACGACAGACCACUUGCAGGCCUCAGAUUCGCCGUCAAGGAUACUAUCGCCAUCAAGGGAACCAAGACCGGUUAUGGCAGUCAAGCUUGGCAUGAUAUUGCGGUCCCAGAGAAAAGAACCGCUCCAGCCGUCAAGCUGCUCCUUGAUGCAGGCGCCACUUUGAUUGGGAAACUGAAGACAACAGAAUUUGCGGAAGGAACCGACCCUUGCGAGUGGAUUGAUGCCGUAUGCCCCUACAAUCCACGAGGAGAUGGGCACCAGAAACCGUCCUCUUCAAGUACCGGUAGCGCGGCAGCAGCAGCUGCAUACGACUGGCUUGACUUCACUGUCGGCACAGACACAGGCGGUUCAAUCCGGCAUCCUGCAGGGGUGAAUGGCCUAUAUGGACAGCGACCGUCACAUGGAAUAAUCAGUCUGGCAGGCGUCCUGGGAGCAACGGACCUGUUCAACACCGUGGGAAUAUUUGCAAGAGAUGUCGAGAUCUUCGCUCGGGUCGGUUCGCAUUUUGUCAAUCCUAUAGAAAGACCACUUGCUGUCAGUGCAACACGCAAGUAUAACUUGCUCUACCCAACGCGAGCCCCUCAAUUCGAAAAUCCAGAUCAACACCAUCACGGACAACAUCGAUGGUUCCCCCAUCCCUCAGUGGGUUUGUCUUUCUGGACCGAGGCCGAAAAGAAGAUCGAGGGCGCAGUGCGAGAGCUAGAAGUCGAGCUCAAUUGUGAGAGAAUAGCAUUCAACAUAAAUGAGCUUUGGAGAGCUACUCCGCCAAUUGGUCAACCUCGAUCACUUGACGAAUCAGUCGGACACAUCUAUUCGGCGAUUACCACCGCCUCGGCAGUCCAUGGUGGAAUCGACAAAUUCAUUGACGACUUUGGCGUCGCUAACGACGGGAAAGCUCCGAAGAUCUCCGAGAUCGUACGGCGACGUCUGGACCACGGCCGUACGGUGCCUGCACAGAAGAUCGCUGAUGCUCUGGAAGCGAUGCAAGCUUUCAGGAGCUGGACUGAGACGACAUUGUUCGGGUCUUAUGAUCAAGAUGCUACCACUAUAUUGAUCUUCCCACAAUCUUGUGGUCGGCCGGACUACCGAGACCAUGUUCCUGAUCGAGGCGAACUUUUCAACGACACCUUUAGCAUCUACUCUUUCGGAUACCUGGUGGGAUGCCCAGACUAUACGAUACCUGUCGCUGAAGUGCCUUAUCACUCCACAGUAUCUGGCAAGACCGAGUUUCUCCCAGUCUCGAUCAGUCUUAUUGGAAGACCAGGCUCCGAUUUGGAGCUCUUCAAUGUUUUAUUACGAUUGCAUAGCGCUGGCGUUAUUUCAGAUGUGGCCGCUGGAGCGCGUUUAUUUCCGGAGGAUUCUGUUGACAGCAACAUCUCGAUAAUGACCUAAGGUCAAGAGCGGCUGGAUGUGACACGGUGGAUUGUUUUUGCUGGCGACUGGUGAUACCCUAGAAAGCUGUCUGUUGAUGCUGAUAUAGGGCUGGAGUUUCAUGGUUCAUCAUGGGGCUGGGGAGGCUUUGGCGUUGCCUCUUUGCAUCGUCUA